UCCACCGCCCAGGGCACCGUGCCCUACCUGGGCAUCUUCCUCACAGACCUCACCAUGCUGGACACCGCCGUCAAAGACAGGCUCGACAAUGGCUACAUCAACUUUGACAAAAGGAGAAGGGAAUUUGAGGUUUUGGCUCAAAUCCGUCUCCUGCAGUCUUCCUGCAAAAACUGUGUUUUCAGCUCGGACGAGUCCUUCAUGCUGUGGUAUCACAGUGUUCCCACACUGACCGAGGAGGAGAGUUACAGACUGUCCAACGAAAUUGAAGCGCCCAGCGAGCCGAGCCCACGCGGCCUCACUCCGACAGUCAUCAUCACACAGUGUUCAGACCUGAGCACCUCGCGGACGAGUCUGGCGGGCGACAGCGACAGCCUCUUUGACUUCCCCUCGCCCGUCAACAACCUGCUAUCAAAACUCACAAAGCAUAUGAGAUCUCCAUCUGUGUCCUGUCUGGAUGUGGACACGUCCCCUUCCACCACAGACUCCACCCCCGCCACUCUGACUCCAUCUACCCCCACGAAAUCCCACCGCCGCUCGGCCUCCUGCGGCAACAACCCCCCCAACAAAGCGCAAGGGUCCGGGCCGGACAUGCGGAUCAUCAGGAUCGGGAUGGACCUGCAGGAUGGAAACCUCUACAAAAGCAUUCUGGUUACGAGCAAUGACAAGACCCCCACUGUGAUCAGCUCCGCCUUAGAGAAGCACAAUCAGGACCCCAAACAGACGUCCAAGUACGAGCUGAUCCAGCUCCUGCCUGACGCAAAAGAACUGGUCAUCCCCGCUACAGGAAACGUCUUCUACGCCAUGACAUCAUCCAGCGUUGACUUCCUGCUGAGGAGGAAAGGCGGGAACACUCCUCUUGGCUCGCAGCCGAUCAGCACAGAGACGAGCGCCACGUUUCCUCGAAUCAAGGCCAAGGGGAGGAGGCUGGUCAGGAAUCUGUUUUGACGUUAGAUCUUCGUCAACUUUGACCUCUUCUCUUGUCGCCCCCCCCCCCCGACGAACACACGGGGGAGAUCCCUCAAUGACGUGGCCUUCCCCGUGCAAAACGAGAAGCUACACAUGCCUUUACCCCAUGCUCCUCAGAAGCCUCUUCUACCAAAGCACAGAGACCAAGUACAUCAGACAUUUCAGAAGCUCCUGCGUUCACCAGAGCCGCCUGCUGCUGUCUUUCCAGUCUUUCUUUUCUCCAAACAUUAUGCAUUGCGGAUUCACAUCCAGAGGAAGAGCGAUGGAAGCCUCUCGCUGAGUGCUCUUGGUGCUGCCUCUGGACUCCCAGUCAGGUUGCACUUGAUGCAUUGUUUUUUUUUUUAAAGCUCAUUCCAACUCAAUGAAUAAGAUCUAUUUUAAUUAACACCGAGAAAUCCCUUGUUGUUGUCAGCCUCCGCUGUGAGUGAUGUGUCCAAACGUUAGAGGAAGAUUUAAUCGGACUUUCUGCGAUCACCCGUGAGGCCAUCGAAGGAUUUAAGACUGUUUUAUUUGUGGGGGGGGGGAAUUAUAAUGAAAUCUUAACACACAGAACUUGUCAGAUCUGGUUCUGGUUAACAUAUAGGACGAUGCACGGAUGGAAACAGAUGCUAAUGCAUCUUCGUAGCAAAGCACUGGAGGUCGUCAUUGGAGACAUAUUUGUUUUGUAUAUAUUUAUAUAUUUUGUACGUCUGUGUGAUGUCAGCGUUGUGUUUACACCGGCAAGAAGCUCGAUAUGUCCAAACUGUCAACAGACUAAUUCAUCAAGGAAUCUGUCUUCGCCUUUAAACUGGUCGGCAAGUCAACACAGCGAGUGAUUAAGCUGCUAAAACCUUAAAGCAUCAUUGAUCCCUGUUUUUCUACAUCACUGAUUAUUUGACUUUUCAUAUUGUGAAGGUCGAAGCUUUUCAACAGACACCAGAACACUAUAGACUCUAUAAUGUAAGACGUAGAGCAAACAGACAGUGAACGAGUCAAACAUCCUGCAGCUCAAGAGUCGGAGAUCUUCUGUCAGAAGUCACAGGUUGUGUCUGAAAUCACUCACUGAUCACUAUGUAGUGGUGUCCGAAUGUCUUUUAUACACUGGACGUUUCCCACAAUGCAUCGUGAAGAGUAGCGCACAUUUGAUGGGCGCUAACCGAGCAAUAUAUCCCAUCACGCAUUGCACUUGCGGCGACAGAGGCAGCAACAGCCCGACCUGUCGUGUAAAUGUAAACAGAAGCAGAGCAUCAUAGCAUAGAGAAAGAAAUGUAUUUCUACAUUUAAAGAUGAUCAUUCAAUGUUUUUUUUUUACCUUUAAGUAUUAAUACUAAGUGUAAAAUAAAUGUUGAGAAUUUACUGUGAUAUUUUCCACCAGCCGAUGUUGUUGCGCGUCAUCAUCAGCAGAUAAAAUGUGCAGAGUAGUGUUGUUAAAUCAUUUCUUUUUUCCGAUUAGCUCUCUAUACAGUGAAGUAGGGAAUAGUGAAUGACUGGGUGAUUUCAGACACGACCAUAGACUCUGUAUAAAGAUGGCCGCCACGACAACUCCCCAAAAGUGAAGCCAAAAUCUGGAUCUGUUACGAAGUAAGCAAGAGACCAAACAAGGGCUAAAAGAAUCAUUCAUUUGGACUAAAGCACUUCUUCAGCCGGUUGAAAGUGUUGGCAGCUGUGAGCCAAACCAAAUUUAAAGGCAAUAAAAUGAUGCAUUGCUUAUUUUGGUAUAUCUCUGCCCCUUAGUGGCCAAACAUCUACCUGCAGCUUAAAAAAAAACAUUUCAAACUUAUCGACUUUGCUUCACUGUUCAACCAAAACCCUUGAGGACAAUGAGGAAAAUGAAAUUAUUACCGCCACCACCGGUUUAACUUAUUGACAGAGCAUCAGUUUAAUUUAAUUCACGUGCGUUUCCCAGCAGCUCAGCAGGAUCCAUCUUUACAUGUGUGUACGUGCAGCACAGAGCCUCACCUCUGCUUUCAUGUUGUGCACCGACCUCAGCGCAGGUUUAUAACACUCAACCUCAAUCUUUUGACACAAGUCUCGUGACCUCUGGUUGUCGAGCUCCCUGCUCAGUGCUGGUGACGUCUGUUGCACAUCGGCUGAGGCACUAGCGUGGCUGGACCAGGGAGAGGAUUCUGGGUAAUAAUGUGUGUGCUAGCGUUAAUGCUAUGCUACUGAUUGUUUUCUGUGCCUUUCUCUAAAAGGGUGCUCACCUUUCCCAUGUUUGCAUUAGAAUGUAUGCAGAACAUGCAGAGGACACGCAGUCCCCUCCGGUGCUGUGUCGUCUCACAUCAAAGCUAUUUAUGCACUACAUACAGGAUGUCCUAUUUUUGUGGUAAUAAAUUUACUUUUAUAUGAA